AUGUUUGAUAUACAAUUUGGAGAUUCCCAACAACAACAAUUUGGUUGUACAAAUAUGUCGACAAUCUCGUCAUCUGCUACCGGUGAGUCAAGUUGUUCAGCAGCGAGUGUAAUGAUUGCAAAGAGAGAAAGAAGGCUUAGACUUGAAAAAGUUGGUUCUUACCGAGUUGGACGAAUUCUUGGAAGAGGAAAUUUUGCUCAAGUACGAGUCGCCAUGAAAAUUGUUGAUAAACGUUCCUUAGAUGCUGAAAAUUUAGCUAAAAUUGAACGUGAAAUUCAAAUACUUCAAAAACUUAAUCAUCCAUUUAUUGUAAAGCUAUAUGAAGUGAUACGAACCAAUCGAUUUUUGUAUAUUGUGACGGAGUAUGUAAGCAAUGGGGAACUUUUUGUUGUUUACUGUCAUGCGAGUGGAAUUGUUCAUAGAGAUUUGAAAGCUGAAAAUUUAUUACUUGAUAAAAAAGGAAAUAUAAAAAUUAUUGAUUUUGGUUUUAGUAAUUAUCAGCAACCAUCACAAUUACUGUCCACGUGGUGUGGUUCCCCACCUUAUGCUGCUCCAGAAUUACUUUUAGCUCAAGAAUAUGAUGGACGUUUAUCUGAUGUUUGGAGUCUUGGAGUUAUUUUAUAUAUUUUGGUCACUGCUGGUUUUCCUUUUCCUGGUGAUUCUGUUGAGAAACUUAAAAGAGCAGUUCUAAGUGAUCAUUUAAAAAUUCCAUUUUGGGUUUCUGUUGAAUGUGCUGAUUUAAUUAGAAAAAUGUUAACAAUUUCUCCAGCAAAACGGUAUAAUUUACAGCAAGUAAUUCAACAUCGUUGGUUUUCUGCUGGAAAAAUGCCUGAGCAAAUAAAAAUGCUUUUAAUAACAUCUGUGAAUAAAGAACAAUUAGCAAUAUCAACUGAUGAGACGAUUAAUGUACCACCCACAAUUAGACCAAUUUUGGAUCCGACAGUUCUCGUCUUUAUGCAACAACACACUGGCUGGUCAGAUGAUCAGAUUUCCGAGGAAGUUAUCUCUCACAACUAUGAAUCACCCAUAUUUGCUACUUACGAACUUUUACUUGCUCGUCUUUCAGAGUUUCGAAGUGCUGAAGCUGCCGCAGCACUUUCAACAAAUACUGGGGGAUUUACUGGAAUGGGAACUAAUUUUGCUUUUAUGGAGAAUGAACAUACUCGACGUGGUUCCAGAGGUUCAAUCAUUUCUGGCAAAGCAAAUAUAACUCCAACGGAAACAACACAAUGUGCUACUAUUCCGACACAUCAUUUAGCCAAAUUGAGUCUUUCUACUAGUCCAGAUUAUGAUUCCGACGAUAGUGACAGUGCUAAUGAUUUAGUUGAUUCUAUGUCUAAUGAUGACAUAACUUCUUUAUCUUCUUCAAUUCCAUUUAUUCAAUCACAGCAACAACAGCAGCGUUCUCCUAAUGUUUAUAAAUCUAGACGUCGUGCUUAUCGUCGUAACCAAGCAACUAACGAGCAACACCAAUUAAUCGAACAACAACAAUUUCAACAACGACAACGUUUCCCAUAUGCUUUAGAAUAUCAUCAAUUAAACCCUUUACUUAAUGCGGUUGCUCAACAAUUUGCUGUUGACACGACAAGAGCAUGGGCUAAUGCUGCUGCAGCUGCCGCACUUUUUGCAUCACAAAUUCAACAGCAGAAUAGUAGUGGUGGCAGUUCUUCUGGUACUGCAGCUUUACAACAAGCAGCAGCAUUAAAUUUAGUUUCAUUACAAAAUUUUCCAUUUGUUGACUAUGCAAGAAUGAUACAUGUUCCAAAUCAAGAACGUCGUGCUUCAGCAAAUGAAGCUUUGCUUGGGUUGAACAGUUAUGCUCAUUUGUUGGCUGCUUGUUCUACAAUGGGUGUUGGAAGUGGUGGAGGAAAUGGAAGUGGAGGACCAGAUACUCGUUGUUCUUCCAGUCAAGGAACUUCUAGUAGUCCAAGACAAGUGCUUCAGACUCAGCCUCAUCGUUCCUCUUGCCAUCAACAACCAAGACGAAGUGUUCAUUCGAUUACCGGUGGAUUACCUAUUUUUUCUGGAGGCACUGGAUCUGGUUCUUCAGGGGUUCCAGGAACUUCGUUUCAGCAACGUCAUAGUCGUACAAUGCCUUACUUCAAACAGAUUUUGGGUGAUGAACGACGAAGUAGUUGGGCAUCCUCUUGCUCUGCCCCGAUUACUUCUGGAUCUGUAGCAGCCACAGCAGCUGCAUUGGCCAUCAAUGCUCAACAACAAGCACAACUUGAGCGUUUAUAUAGACAAUCAAUCGCUCAGACAAAUGCCGCAGCUUCAUCUUCUGAUGCAUCUGCUUCGUCUGCCCUUUCAGGUGUUCAACAAUUACAGUUAGAAUUCCAAAAAUUAUAUGCAAGUACAAAAGAAGGUUCCCCGGGUCCUGGUGGUGUGGGAGGAACAUCUUCGGCUGCUGUCAAUGCACAAAAUCCUUUACUUAUGGGGUAAAUGUUAUUUCUUUUUUUAUUUGUUCAAUAUUUUAGUGG